AAGUGAGUUUGGUGUCGCACGUGCCACUCCUUGCACGUUGCUGUGGUGAUUUCCUGUAGCGAAGCGGUCAAAGCAAAAUACGGCGUAGGUGCUAGGAUGACCUUCACACCCUGUAGAUCGAACCGACGUCACGAUACGCUGCGUGUGUUGCUUGCUUUUACGCGUUUGUGCAUUUGUAUUUCUUCCCUUGCUGUCGCGCUCGCAUUAUAAUAUUCCCCGGCGUAAACAACAUGAGCGUACGCGUCGUUGCACGGAUCAGGCCACUGCUCAAGCAGGAGCUCGACAAGGACACCAUCGUCACCGCAGAGGCCCUUGAUGGAGAGACCGUCCCGACAGUCGUGCGGCUACCGAGCCCGAAGAAUGAGGCGGAGUCUUUCAGCUUCCAAUUCAGCUCGGUGUACGAACAGGAGGCGACGCAGCAGCAGCUGUUUGAUGAGGAGAUCUCACCAACGGUUAAACACUUGUUCAAUGGCUUUGACCUGUCCAUCUUUGCGCAUGGCUGCACCGGUACCGGCAAGACACACACAAUGCGGGGAGGGAAGUCGCUGGCCGAGCGUGGCGUGAUCCCUCGACUCUUGAGCGCCAUAUACAGGCGGUGCAAGAAGAUCGAGAAGGAUACUGCUGGUGCUACCCAGGUCGAGGUCGCGUUGGAAUACUUUGAGAUCUACUGCGACCGCGUAUACGACCUCUUCGAGCCCCCUGAGAAGCGCACACCGUCUGGACUUCCAAUUCGCGAUAACCGUGGGAAGACGGUUGUUGUCGGUCUGACUGAGAAGCCAUGCACAACGUUGAAGGAGUUUGAGCAGUUGUAUGAUCAGGCGAACAUGAACCGUUCGACCUCUGCGACAAAGCUCAACGCGCAUUCCUCACGUUCGCAUGCCGUACUUUGUGUAAAGAUCAUUCAGACCACCGAAACCUCUGUCCGUGUCAGCCGAGCAUCUUGUAUUGAUCUCGCGGGUUCUGAAGACAACCGUCGAACGGAAAAUAACAAGGAACGCCUGAUCGAAAGCUCGGCUAUUAACAAGUCACUCUUUGUACUCGCACAGUGUGUUGAGGCUAUGAACAAGAAGCAAAACAGGAUACCGUACCGAGAAUCGAAGAUGACAAGAAUCCUUGGGCUUGGACAGAACAAAGGUUUGACCAUUAUGAUACUUAAUCUUGCGCCCACUCGUGCGUACCAUCUCGACACCAUCAGUUCUCUGAACUUUGCGAGUCGCACGAAGAAGAUCGAAGUCGCAGAGGUCGAGAACGACCCGGUCCUCAGAACCAUGUCGAAGCCUCUGGCGGUCACGAGCAGCAUCGGAGGAGUGAACGUUAAACGACAACCUCUGCGGGCUUUAACAGCAGCGGCCAACGUCAACGUGACCGAGACAGGAAAGGAGAAGAAGGGAGAGAAGCCUGUCAAGGCCUUUUCUGUAUACUCUGAUUCCCGCAAGCCUGUCUCACGUGUUCCUACUCUGACUUCUCAAAACCAAGGCGUACGACGGACGGAAGUGCAGAAACGUACGGCAGACGUGAGCAGUACAUUUGCCACACGACCUACAAAGACAUAUCGAGCGGCUGACAACACUUCACGAGCUCGUGCUGUUGAGAUCGGGAUGACGAAGGAAGACAUUGAAGCACUCAUUGCACAAAGAUUGGACGAGCGACUUGCCGAGAAGGCUUUGCAAGACGCGGCGGCUGCAGCACCAGCUAUUUCUGAUGAACUCCAAAAACGUCUUGACGAUCUGGAACAGCGCAUCGACGCGAAAGACGAUGAUGAAAAAUCACAAGGCUUGCAAUUUCUGCUGAUGGCCAAGCAACAUCAUGCACGAGGCGAAGAUGCUAGCGCUCUCCGCAUGUACCACUUGGCCGAGCCGUACUUCCCUGGCAACGAAAAGCUGCAGGCGAAGAUUAAGGGGCUGGAGGAUCGGAUACGAGCGAAGCGCGAAGAGGGGCAGAGACACAUGUCAGCGCCCGUUGCACCUACGCCUUCUGCACCUGCACCUGUUGCGUCAGCACCUGUUGCGUCGGUAUAUGUUGCACCAGCGCCCGUGUCAAACCGUAUGGCACCCUUGAAGUCAGACAAGAAGGUGUCCCGGCCGAAGAUGGUGUUCCGUGAUGAUGCCGAAUCUGAGGAUGACGAGUUUGCACCAGCGCCCCAGUCUGACCACGAUGGCUCGUUCGCAUCCGAAGACAGCUUCGUGGAGAAGCCAAAGGCAGUUCGCAAGCCCAAGAAGACAGUGAAGAAGCUCCCUAUCUUCCGAGACGACCUAGAUGCACGCGCAGCUCCUGGCGAGCAGACCCCCCGGACCUCACACCUACUAAAGAUCAUCAACAGCCGCGACGUAAACAAAAUCAAGGCGCUAAAGGGAGUCGGGUCGAAGAAGGCAGAUGCUAUCGUGAAUUAUCUGGUGGAGAUGGACCACGCUGAGAUACAGGAUUUAGCCAGUUUGGCUAUGUUAAAGGGUGUGAGUGGCAAGACAGUUGAGAACAUGAGGAUGGGAUUGACCGCUGUUGGUGACUAUGACUUCUGAGCUUUUGCUCAAUCUGCAUUCUAGCGUGGCGUUUUGAGGUGUUAGGAGACUUGUAUUGAAUAGCAUGAGCGUAGAGCAUUUGCAUUGGGUUGGCGUUCGCAUGGCGACGGAGAUGGCGCCCCUUCGUUUGGUUUAGCAUAGCACAGAUAGCAUAGAUAGCACGAAUAGUAUUACAUUAUCCCG